AUGACUAUGAGCAAACUUUCUGGUUUUCUGGAACUCCUGAAAGCACCACUGAAAAUCCUAUCUCAAAAUGGUAAGCUUAUGGCCAUCACGGCCACUGUCUACCUUAUACUUUACUCCAUAUCUUUCUUCUUGUACAUGUUAUCCGCCAAUCCUUUUAUUCUUGAUUUGAUGUUCAAGUUAAUGGCCUUAGCCUCUGCGCGUCCCGGUACACCAGAUUUCACUAAACUCCUAGUUGCCAUUCGCGAAGAUACAGGCAUUUUCUUAGGGAUCGAAGUUGCUUACAUGGUUAUCUUCUUUUUUGUAUCGCUUUUUGCCCAAACCACAGUUAUUAUUAUUGCAUCAUGCUAUUAUACUGGUAAUGACUUUUCACUCAAGGAACUUGUUUUGAAGGUAUCAAAAACAUGGACUAGACCAUUUGUUACUUCCUUGUGGGUACAACUUCUUGCACUUGGUUACACAAGUUUCUUUCUUUUGCCUUUUUUGGUUCCAUCACUUGUACUUUUCGACCAUCGUACAAUCUUGAUCACAAUCUUGAUCUUCCUGGCUAUUUUCUUCAUCACAUUCUAUAUUUAUUUAUCUGUUGUUUGGGGUUUGGCUAUUGUUGUUUCUGUGGUUGAGGAUAGUUACGGGUAUUCUUCACUUGGGAAAGCGAAAGAGCUUGUGAAUGGCAAGAGGGUACAUGGGUUUCUUCUGAAUCUUUUCUUCAUUCUAGUUUUGGUGGUUAUUGCUAUCAUUGGAUCUAAACUAUCACCUGCGAUGCCUAUUGUUGGCGGGGUUAUUCAAAUUCUUUUGAUGGGGACAAUAAGCAUGUUUCAGUCCAUGGCUUAUACUGGAUUCUAUUUUCAGUGUAAGAAUGACAUGACGAAGUCAGGGGGAUUGGAAUAUAGCCGGAUACCGGCUGCACCAGUUCUUGAUCAAUAUAUACCGUAG